AUGCCUUCCUACCUUAUCACAGGAGUCUCGAGGGGAAUCGGAUACGAAUUCCUGCGGCAAUACUCGAGCGACGCAAACAACAUCGUAGUUGGACUUGUUCGCAACAAAGAUGCAACCAACAAGAAGCUUUCCGAAGACCCGGAUCUGAAAGGCCGUUCCAACAUCCACAUCAUCGCUGCCGAUGUUACAGAUUAUGCCGCCCUUCAAAAUGCGGUUUCGGCAACUGCAAAAAUCACUGGUGGUAGCUUGGACUACAUCAUCGCCAAUGCAGGCCUCAUCUCCCAAUUCGACCAAUACGAUCCCAUUGGCGACCUUGGGGCCCAGCCGGAUCAAAUAACCAAGGAGAUGCGAGAUCUCUUCGACGUCAACGUCAUCGGCAACGUCCACCUCUUCAACCUCUUUGUCCCGCUCAUCCAGAAAGGCCAGGCCAAAAAGGUGAUCGCCAUCACGAGCGGUUACUCAGACGUUGAGACGACGCGCACAUGGGACAUGCUGCUUGCACCCCUCUACUCGACCAGCAAAGCCGCACUCAACAUGGUUAUUGCCAAGUUCAGCGCGCAAUUUAAGAAAGAUGGAAUUCUGUUCUUGGGACUUGCGCCGGGGAUAGUGGAUGUAGGGUAUGAUGAUAAGGCAACUCCUGAACAGCUGCAAAAGGUCGCAGCAGUCUUUGGCGAGUUUCUGUCCAAGUAUGCGCCGGAUUUCAAGGGACCAAGUACACCCGAGCAGAGCGUGGCGCUUAUGAGGCCGGUCAUUGCGAACGCAAGCAUCGAGAAUGGCAACGCGGGCGACUUCAUCUCUCAAUUCGGAAAUAAGCAGUGGCUGUGA